ACUUGUGGCUAGCGGGGUACUAUGCUCAUUCGGUACCCCGAAAACAUCCUUCGGCGGCAGCACACCCUCGCCGCCAAACUGGUGACCCUCGACAGAACACUUCCUGCCUACACCUUCUGGGAGUCGGAGUCAACUGCAUCGCACCUGCAUCAUCCGCCACCAGCAUCAAUCACCCCGCAUCAACCCUCAACAGGCGUUCAUCAUCAGCCUUCAGUCGGAGCAUCAUCAGCACGUCCACCUGCCAGCCGCCUACGACGCUGCCCUGGAUACCUGACACUCCACACCAGGACUUCGGAGCAUCUACAGUUCCAUGACCAGCUGCCCAAGCUGCCUGGACCUGGCACUCCGCACGCAACAGCGACACAACACAUGAGGUCCACUGCCACACCACGCUGUCGAGCACGCGCUCCACGUGGCAGGCCACCUUCUCGCCUCACGCCAGUCGCCGGCUCCACAAUCCCGACUCACCGCGGACAGGAGCAGCUCCCCAUCCCGACUCACCGUGGAUAGGAGCACAAAUCACGCCGUACACACCUCUUCCCGACUCACUGGGAUUACAGGCACCACGGCAUUCCUGAAGAGCACUGAAGCACUUGAAUCGACCUCCGGUCUGAGGGGGGGAGUGAUGUAGCGGACCCAACUAGUUGGCCACCUAGUUCCGCUCACAUGCAACAGAUGGCGCCACGUUCUUCAAGCGGUCGUGAAACGCGGUAUCGAAGUUUUCACGGCAAGACGCAUAUAUACAACUUCCAACACAACACUGUUGGAUCGCCGAUCCCUAGUCACACUACCAACUUGUGGCUAGCGGGGUACUAUGCUCAGUUCGGUACCCCGAAAAACAUCCUUUGGCGGCAG